UUUCUACACGUGCGAUCGUGAGAGUGACGUUUGGAAGACAUAAAAUAUUGCCUUUGUUCAGUUAUUACUCAUUCUGUUAUAAGGCCGAAUAAUUACGCUUUUCAAAGCUAUGCACUUUUGAAGACAUAUAUCUACUAAGAGACUGGUAUUUUUUUCUUGUCUGUCAAAAGUUAGACAAAGUCGUGACUACUACAAACGUUUGCAAAGAUGGUGAUCAUGAGCUCGCUUCCUCCUCCUUCUCAAGGUGUAAGACACGUACAAAACAAUACACAGGCAUUCAUAGAUGAAAAUUGUCUUGGUAAUGGUACACUUUAUGUUACUGAAGAACGACUGUCAUGGAGUAAUGAUGAAGGAAGAGGCUUUUCUUUGGAAUAUCCUUCUAUCUCUGUUCAUGCUGUGUGUAAAGAUACUUCAAAGUUCCCYCAUGAGUGUAUUUAUUGUAUGCUCGACGCACCACUUGAAGACUGCAGUGAGGAUGAUGAAGAUGCAAAAGUUGGUGAAGUAAGAUUUGUCCCAGAAGACAAAGAAAGCUUGCAGCAGAUAUUUAAUGUGCUGUCAGACUGCCAGGCCUUGCAUCCAGACCCACAAGAAGAGGCAGAAGAAGAGAUGGCAGGAUUUGGAGGCGAAUAUUUCACUAAUGAAGAUGAAGCAGAAUUAACAGAAGAGGGGCAGGCAACUCUACAAAGACUGGAAGGUGUMUUCCAAGAACAAAGUGAUCCACAAACAAUGGUGAUAAAUACAUCAACAAAUGGAGCAGGACAAAAUGGACAAAACCACCAUUCUGAUGUUGAAAUGGAUGAAGAAGAUCAGUUUGAAGAUGCUUAGUGUUGACCACAGAUACUUUUAUAAAAAUCUUAAAUACCCAUAUAUGGCAGGUAUAUUCACAAACUUGGAACCAGUCCCUUGUGAGCUAUUGUUGCUAUGGUUACAAGCAUAUAUCAAGUAGCACUGGGGUUGUAUUGACGCCUUAAAUGACAUACARUACAUGYAUGUUACUUUAUCRCCUUUAAAACUGUGCAGUAACACAACAAAAUUKCAGCUUGUCAAAAGUAGGUAAAAUGUCAUGCAAACUAUUGCUUUAUAGUGAAAAAUGUAACCUUCAGGAGCUUGUCA